CAGCGGGCCGGGCCGGGCAGCGGUCGCGGCGGGGGCCGGCAGUGCCCUCCCCGGAGCGGCGGCAGGAGGACGGGAGGGAAGGACACACUGACAGAGCAGGCAGCAGCCAGCACACCGUUCGAAGAUGUCGGGUCAGACGCUGACAGAUCGCAUCGCAGCUGCUCAGUACAGCGUUACGGGAUCGGCCGUAGCCAGAGCCGUCUGCAAAGCCACCACGCAUGAAGUGAUGGGGCCCAAGAAAAAGCACCUGGACUACUUGAUCCAAGCCACGAAUGAAACRAACGUGAAUAUCCCUCAGAUGGCUGAUACACUUUUUGAGAGAGCGACAAAUAGCAGCUGGGUGGUCGUAUUCAAAGCCUUAGUCACCACACAUCAUCUAAUGGUCCAUGGCAAUGAGAGAUUUAUUCAGUACCUGGCAUCUAGAAACACAUUGUUCAACCUCAGCAAUUUUCUGGACAAAAGUGGAUCCCAUGGUUAUGACAUGUCYACCUUUAUAAGGCGUUAUAGUAGAUACUUGAAUGAAAAAGCAUUUUCCUACAGACAAAUGGCAUUUGACUUUGCAAGAGUGAAGAAAGGAGCUGAAGGUGUAAUGAGAACAAUGGCUCCUGAAAAGCUGCUGAAGAGUAUGCCAAUAUUACAGGAACAAAUUGAUGCACUACUUGAAUUUGAUGUUCAUCCAAAUGAACUGACAAAUGGUGUCAUAAAUGCUGCAUUCAUGCUUCUGUUUAAAGAUCUCAUCAAACUUUUUGCUUGCUACAAUGAUGGGGUUAUUAACUUACUAGAGAAAUUUUUUGAAAUGAAAAAGGGACAAUGUAAAGAUGCUCUUGAAAUCUACAAACGAUUUCUAACUCGAAUGACCAGAGUAUCAGAGUUUCUUAAAGUUGCAGAGCAAGUUGGAAUUGACAAAGGUGAUAUCCCUGAUCUUACACAGGCUCCCAGCAGCCUCAUGGAGACCCUUGAGCAACAUCUAAACUCACUGGAAGGAAAAAAACCUGGCAACAAAUACUUGCCAUGGCUAAGUCUAGGAAGGAUUAAGCUAAACCUCUGUUUUCUCUUUUACUGUUGCUUUCCUUGCAAUUUAGCGAAGGGUAAGUACAUACCUUUACRUAUCACUUGCUUGCAGUCUUCUCCAGCCACAACUGUUACAUCUCCUAGUUCUACUCCAGCAAAAACUAUCGAUACAUCUCCUCCAGUUGAUCUUUUUGCAACUCCAUCUACAGCUGCUCCAGUCAGCUCUUCCAAACCAUCCAGUGAUCUCUUGGAUCUUCAGCCAGAUUUUGCUGGUACUGGGCAGGCAGCUCCAGCACCUGCUCCUGCGGGUGCUGCUGCUGCUGCUGCUGGAGCCACUUCAUGGGGAGACCUUUUGGGAGGAGAGGAUAAUCUGGCUGCACUUUCCGGUGUCACCUCUGAGCCCCAGAUUUCAGAUCCAUUUGCCCCAGAGCCUACCACAACCACUGCUCCAACUACUGAUACUACAACUACUACGGCUGCUGCCGCUACAACCACCACUGUCACUGCUGCCCCUGCUGAAGUGGAUCUCUUUGGAGAUGCCUUUGCAGCUUCUCCUGGGGAAGCCCCUGCAGCAGCUGAUGGGGCAGCAGCACCAGCUACCCCAACCCCUGUAGCAGCAGCUCUUGAUGCAUGUUCAGGAAAUGACCCCUUUGCCCCAUCCGAAGGUAGUGCAGAGGCUGCUCCUGAGCUGGACCUCUUUGCUAUGAAGCCAACAGAGACUGCUGUUCCUGUAGUUACCCCUACAACUAGUGCAGCCACUCCAGUUCCUGCAACAACUCCUUCUCCAGCUGCUGCUGUUGCUGCUGCUGCUACUGCUACUACAGCUACUGCCACUACCACUACUGCCACCACUUCUGCUACCGCCACCACCUCCGCUCCUCCUGCUCUAGAUAUAUUUGGUGAUUUAUUUGAGUCUGCUCCUGAUGCACCUGCAGCACCUAAACCAGAUGCUACUCCUAGCAUAGAUCUCUUUGGUACAGAUACAUUUUCAUCUCCACAACCUGCAGCUUCUCCUGUACCUGAGAGUUCUGUCACUGGUGAUCUCUUAUCUGUGGAUGCAUUUGCAGCCCCCUCUCCUCUACCCACUGCCUCUCCAGCAAAGGUGGAUUCUUCAGGUGUGAUUGACCUAUUUGGUGAUGCUUUUGGAAGUAGUGCUCCUGARCCCCAGCCCACAACCCAGGCUGCUUCUAGUUCCUCAGCUUCUGCAGACCUACUUGCUGGCUUUGGAGGUUCUUUUAUUUCUCCCUCUCCAUCACCAUCCCCAGUCACUCCAGCUCAAACUGGAUUACUACAGCCUAACUUUGAUGCAGCUUUUGGGACCACAGCUCCAGCAACUGGCGGUUCRUUUGAUGCAUCAGUGUUUGAUGGCUUAGGUGAUCUUCUUAUGCCAACCAUGGCUCCUUCUGGUCAACCUGCAACACCUACAGCCACAGCAACAGUCCCUGCUGCAGCAGCAAGCAAAGGCCUCGGAAGCGAUCUUGAUUCGUCUCUGGCAAACUUAGUAGGCAAUCUUGGAAUUUCUGGUACUACUUCUAAAAAGGGAGACCUUCAGUGGAAUGCUGGAGAGAAAAAGUUAACAGGAGGAGCCAACUGGCAGCCAAAAGUAGCACCUGCAACAUGGUCAACUGGUGGAGUCCCAGGUGGUCCAAUGGCGGGAGCUGUGCCUCCAGCAAGUGCUGUUCCUGCCGCGGGAGGUACUCCACCUGUCCCCCAGCCAGGAGCAGCAUUUGGGAUGCCCCCAGCAGGUGCCGGGGUGCCCAUGAUGCCCCAGCAGCCGGUCAUGUACGGGCAGCCGAUGAUGAGGCCCCCGUUCGGAGCCGCCACUGGCCCUGGUGUACAGCUUUCUCCAAGCCCAACUCCUGCUACUCAGAGCCCCAAGAAACCUCCAACAAAGGACCCAUUAGCGGAUCUUAACAUCAAGGAUUUCUUGUAAACGAUCAGCUGCGGUUUUUCUGACUGGAUGCUAAAAAUGUGAGUCUGGAGCCUACAAAUGGAUGCUCAGAGUUUCAAAGUGAGCCACCAGUACCAAACCCAGUGCUUACUCAGACUUUCUCUUCCUCCUGAAACGUGUAGCACAGCUGUGAAAGUGAACAUUAGGAAUGUGUACUACCUUAGCUGUUAUCCCUACUCUCUCGAAAUUUGUGUACUUGGGUUAUUUGUGUUUUACAAUUUAAACAAUGGAUGUAUGUUUCUGAUGCCUUCUAGUGCUUUUCUGAACCUAUCCCAUGGGGGCAGAUUAUGCAGCUGUUGUUUGGUGAGCCAUUUGGAGCAAUGUCUGUGGUUUUUGAAGGUUUCAAUGUAUAUAACUUUUUGAGGACACCCAAAGUUUCCCUAGGACUCAAUUUCUCCUUUAUCUGUUACAAAACAUAGUGUGAUAAUACCAGAUAGUAAAGAAAAUACUUACAAAAUUGUGCAGAAUACCUUUUUUUUUUCUGGUCACAGGAUUCUCAAUUGUUGUGAAAAAAAAUGUUUUAUUUUUGUGGCACUGUAUAUGUUAAAAUAAUUUAARGUAAUAUAAAGGAAAACUUCCAUAACGAAUACUUUUUCGAUGAUUUACCAAGAAUGAAAAAUCAUAUCUGAAAGAAUACCAUAUUUAUUGCUGUUUUUAUUUUCAAAUCGAUUUUAUUUAUUUAAGUUUUUGCAUUUAUAAUUGGCAUAUUUAUCAGUUCUUGCUAAAUGCACUGAAAACAAGUAAAGGGUCAGUUUCUCUCCAUAUAGUUGGGAAAAGGCAACCAUAGUCGUGCUGGCAUUAAGGGAUUUCAAAUACGAGAGCACUUUUUGGUAUAUCUGUAGUCGAAACAUUACAAGUGAUGUUGCUCAUCUCUGUUCAGUUCUCCGUACAUCUCUUAAUUUAGUGCUUACCUGUGUAUGCCUUAGGAUAGUGUUUUCUCAUUGCCCCGAAUGCGCUGUGAGUAGCUUUUGUACUAUUGGUGAUUAGAUUUAAUUCUGAUCCAGAGAUCCAUGCCCUUUACUGUACAUACUGUGUUUCUUUAAUUUUUAUUUGUUCUCAUACUGUUUCUGCUGAUGGCUUGGUGUAAGAUCUCGACUCUUCAAUGAGGUCACUGUUGAUCAGUGUUACAAGUGGCUUGGCAGUUCUCUGUAAAAGCGUAUUGGGUUGGAAAGAUAUUCACCUAAAGUCUUUCAAAUGAGCUAUUUAAUCAAUGUAUGGUACCAUUAAAAGUGGUUGUAUCUGAAUUUGCUGUGGGGAUAACAUACACUGUAAUGGGAAAGUUCUAUAAAAAGAUGAUUUCAAAAUGGCUUUUCUUUGUAUUUCAGUUUAAAAAAAAAA